AACACUACCGCUGCAAGCAAAACAAAUGUUUUUGUUUAAUUUUUUUUCUUGAUUGCGGCACGUGUUGAAAUAAUUUUGUAUAUUUUAUUAAAUAAAGAAUACAAUGCGUAAUUUAAAAUUAAAAUUUUGCCAGCAAUAUACCAAAGGUGUGGUGGAGCAACCGAAAUAUCUGCUACUUAAUCCCAAUUCGAGUAAAUCCGAUGAUGUUCGUUUUAUGGUGACUGAUGACAAAUUGUUUUCAUACAAACCGGGCUCCACAGAAUUCCCUAAGGUAUUGGCCGAGGUGCCCGGUAUAGUGGCUGCAGAGUAUUUAGCAUUGGAAAAUGAAAUUUGUUUGGCCACUUCAGUGGGAGAAGUUUUGUUGGUAAAUCCGGAUACACAAAAAGUAAAUGAAGGUACUUACUGUGAUGUGGGCAUUGAAGGCAUGUCUUGGAGUCCCGACCAAGAAGUGGUGGUAUUUGUUACCAAACAACACAAUGUAGUGGUAAUGACCUGCACCUAUGAUCCAUUGACGGAGCAUUGUUUGGACGAUGAGACUGCCGAGGCAGAGGGUGAAUUUAUCAAUGUUGGCUGGGGCAAGAAGGAGACUCAGUUUCAUGGCUCUGAGGGAAAACAGGCAGCUAAACAGAAGUUAGAUGAUGGAACGAAAGUUAAUUUGGAGGAAUUGCCUAAGGACAUUCAUAUUGACUGGCGUGCUGAUGGUGCCUAUUUUGUGGUCUCAUAUGUUUCUCAAUCUCGUGGUCGCACCUUUAAAGUCUUUGACAAAGAGGGCAAACUUCAAUAUGUGGGAGAAAAACAACCCAGUUUGGGAUCAGCUAUCGGUUGGAGACCCUCUGGCACCUGGAUUGCUAUACCCCAAAGACUGCCCAAUAAAAGCUGUAUUGCUCUUUUCGAAAAGAACGGUUUAAGACAUCGUGAACUUGUUUUACCCUUCGAUCUGCAAGAAGAACCUGUUGAAUGCAUUAAAUGGAGUUCUGAUUCGGAAAUUCUUUGCCUAAAGACCCAACACAAGUUGUAUUUGUAUACCAUUGGCAAUUAUCAUUGGUAUUUGAAACAGGUGUUGGAAUUUUCGGACGAACAACAAAUCAGCUACUUGCAGUGGGACAAUCGCAUGGGAGAGGAGAAAACUUUGCAUAUAUUGUUUGAAACGGGCAAAUAUUUGAUGUAUAAAUGGCAAUGGUGCAUAGAUCGUUACAAUAGAACAGGUUUAGUGUGUGUGGUGGAUGGUAAACGUUUGUUAUUAACGGACUUUUCGAAAGCCAUGAUACCACCACCCAUGAGCAGCCAAGAAUUGCAAUUAGACGGAGAAGCUUUUAUUGUAGCCGUUUGCUUGCAAGGCGUGCAAGAUGAUUUGCAAUUGUGCAUAUAUGAUUCCAGGCAUAAUAUGCAUGUCUACAAGGGUAAAGUAACACAACCUACUCUUUUCACAAAGCAGGGAGUUUUGAAAACAUUGGAGGCGCCAGAAACUUUGAUGCCCUUGCAAUAUGCUAAUCUACAAUGGUUUGAGAGCUUUGAGGAUACCUAUUUAUUGUCCAAUUAUACCGAGGAUAAUAUGACCAGUCUAAAAUUCUUUAGCCUGGAUGUAACCAAAUCCUGCUUUAAAGUGGUCUCCUGUGUCAGUAUACCCGGCACCAUUUACACUCUAACACCCUCGGGCAGAGAACAACCCUGUGAAUUGUUUUAUCAGUUAAUGGAGGAUUGUCGUUUAAUACAAUUGGUGUUUGAUGUAGACACAAAUCGUGAGACUAGCCGUCGUUUACAUGCCCAAUUUGAACAUUUAAUCGAACAAUUGGAAACAUUUAUAAGACCCCUGGAAGCUGAAACUUUUACCAUUGCUUUGACCAAUAAUCAAGGCUUGUUUAUUAAUUCCCAAAGCUCAGCUCAAGAUGUUACAUCCUUCUGUAUGGCUGGUAAUUACUUGACCUUUACCAAAUUGGCUUCUCUGCACUUUUUGCGUUUAAGCGAUUUGUGCCUGGUCAAUGAAAGACGUUUGGAGAGGGGUUCAAAAUUGAUAACCACUGUAGCAGACUCGGCACGUACAGUAUUGCAAAUGCCCAGAGGCAAUUUGGAAGCCAUUUGCCCUCGUGUAUUGUCAUUGGAGUUGGUAGGCGCUUUAUUGGAGGCGCAAAAGUACUGCCUGGCUUUUGAUACGUUGCGUAAGCAGCGCAUUAAUUUAAAUAUCUUGUGUGAUCACAAUAUGUGUGAUUUUGUUAAUCGUUUGGAUGUUUUCCUACAUGAAAUACAAAAUCCCAACUGGCUUAAUCUGUUUCUCAGUGAUUUGCAAAAUGAGGACUUUACCAAAUCCAUGUACUCUAGCAACUAUAAAGAAAAUUCCCAAUUAUAUCCCGAAGGCUUUAAAAUCGAAAACAAAGUUGCCUAUUUAUGCAAGGCCUUGUGUUCACGCAUGGAACAAACCAGCGAAAAACGUUAUCGUUUACCCAUUUUAACGGCCUAUGUGAAAACUGGCGAAUUGGAAAAGGCUCUUGAACUUAUAUGGCAAGAUAAGAAAAAUGAUAAUGCCACAGAUGGUGGUGGUGCAGCGGCGGCCGCUGCUGAAGAUGCUUUAAAAUAUUUACUGUAUUUGGUGGAUGUCAAUGAGCUGUAUAAUGUAGCUUUGGGCACUUAUGAUUUUGGUCUAGUGUUGUUUGUGGCACAAAAAUCCCAAAAGGAUCCCAAAGAAUAUUUGGCUUUUCUGAAUGAGCUGAAAUCGUAUGAAUUAAAUUAUCGUAAAUUCAAGAUUGAUGAGCAUUUGAAACGUCCGGAGAAAGCCUUGAAACAUAUAGCCAACUGUGGCAAGGAGAAGUUCGUUGAAGCUUUGACUUUUAUAAAGAAACAUGAAUAUUAUGCCCAGGCUUUAAGAGCCUUCCAGGGUGAUGGGGAAUGUUAUCGGGCAAUUUGUUUGGCCUUCGCCGAUUAUUUGAGAGCCAAGGGUAGAUUUGAAAACGCCAGUAUUUUGUAUGAACGUGGUUUGAAUCUGCAGCAGGCUUUAUUAAGUGCCAAACAUGUUUUGGAUUGGCAGAGGGCUUUAAUGCUGGCCAAGAAGAUUGAUCCUCAAACUGUGGAUAUAGUUGCGAACUCCCUCAUUUCACCAUUGCAAGAGCAAGGCAAACAUUUCGAAGCCUUUGAGCUGGCCAAAAAAUAUUCCAACAAUUUCACUGCCUCCCUUGACUGUCUAUUUGCGGGCAAAUUAUUCUUAAGAGCAAUUUAUGAAAUCAAUCUAAAUGAAAGCGACAACAAUAAGGAAAUACUGCAAAAUCUAUUAAUACCCAAACUAUUGGCAUAUCAUGAAAUUCUUGCCACAAAUUUAGCAGCCGAUGAAGCACAAUUUAUUAAACACAAAGAACGUUUACUGGAGGUGCGUGUAAUACGCAAAAAACAAGCUCAAAAUUUUAUAGACGGCAGUGAUCAAGUGGAUAUAGAUGAAUGUGAUUUGCUGUCAGACACCACAAGUUUAAGAUCCUCGCGUUAUACUGCCAGUUCAAGGGGCACUGGCAAAACUUUCCGGUCUAGCAAAAAUCGCCGCAAACAUGAACGCAAAUUGUUAAGCUUCAAACCCGGCAAUCCUUUUGAGGAUAUCGCUUAUAUUGAUGCUCUUUACAAUCAAAUCACCAGCUGUUUUGCGCAACAGCAGCAUAUACACGACACUUGCAAGGCUUUGGUGCUGUGCAAUCAAGAAAAUGUGGCCACUGAUCUGCAGCAACAGUUAAAACGUUUGUUAAGCUUAAUGCAAGAUUCUCUGGAUGAUAUUUGGAUCCCUGAAAUGUUGACAAUAUCGGCUGCCCAGCAGUUUUUGCAGGGACCCAACAUUGACUAUACACAGUUGCAAAAUGAACAGCGUUAUGCUAUGAUGGAUCCCCUCAAGCGCUUUAAACCUCAACUAAGUCAAAUUGAUUGGGAACAUGAGAUACUGCAGUUAUAAUUUGGUUUUUUUUAUAAUUUUAAUUACUAUUUAAGCUUGGCUUAAUACAAACUAAUCAAUAAAAUGUUAUGCUAAAAUAAACAAUAAAUUCAAAUAACUUUAUUCAAAC